AUGCUCCCAGGAGUGAGCAGUGUGAUGUUUUGAAGGACAGAAGAAGGGCCUCUACCAUAUUCCUCUGCCUCUCUAAUGGAUGCCGCCACUUUCCAAGAAACCAAGGGGCUCCACUCCCAUAAGAAGCUCUAUUUCCCAGUCUUUGCUCAGUAUUUCCUCCUACUGAUACUGCAGUUUUCAGUCAAACCGGUUACAGGAUCUCUCCUAAAGGAGACAACUCAAAAGUGGUUACUAUACAAAAAAACGUGUUUGAUAGAGUUACAAAAUCGAACAAAUGGUGUGUAUUGUAAUGGGACAUUUGACAAUUAUGCAUGCUGGCCUCAUUCACUUCCAGGAAUUGUCUCUAUUCCCUGUCCUUCGUACUUACCUUGGUUGAAAAAAGAAAGUCCAGGAAGAGUAUACAGAAAUUGCUUGGCUGGGGGAACUUGGCAGACUAAAGAGAACUCUACAGAUAUUUGGCGUAAUGACACAGAAUGUUCUGAGAACCACAUCUUUGAACAAAAUGAUAAGCACCACACUUUGCUAUCAACUUUGCAGAUAGUGUUUACCUUGGGAUAUUCCCUCUCAUUCAUUUCUCUCUUCUUGGCUCUCAUAAUCCUCCUCUGUCUCAGAAGAGUUCACUGCACUCGUAACUACAUCCACAUGAAUUUAUUUGGUUCCUUCAUGCUUCGAGCUCUGGCUGUUUUGGUGAAGGACAUUAUCAUACACAAUUCCUUCUCAAAAAGGCCAGAUGAUGAAAAUGGAUGGACAUCCUACCUGUCAGAGUUGGACUUGUCCAUUUGUCGGACUGCCCAAACUCUUCUGCACUAUUUUGUUGGAGCCAAUUACUCAUGGCUUUUAGUUGAGGGCAUUUAUCUUCACACACUCCUGGGACCUUUGGUGCUUUCCCAGAGACGUCUCUUGCCCAGAUAUAUCUUGGUAGGCUGGGCAUUUCCUGUUUUGUAUAUGGUCCCUUGGGGAAUUAUCCGAGCACAAUUGGAGAACACAGGGUGCUGGGGGACAAACAGAAACAUGAAAAUCUGGUGGAUAAUCAGAGGACCAAUAUUACUUUCAAUAAUAAUCAAUUUCUUCAUCUUCCUGAAAAUUCUCAGUUUGCUCAUAUCUAAACUCAAAGCUCGUCAAUUGGGCUUCAGUGAUUAUAAGUACAGGUUGGCCAGAUCAACAUUGUUCCUUAUUCCUUUGCUGGGUGUCCAUGAAAUAGUCUUCUCUUUUAUCAUUGAUGAACAAGUUCAAGGUUCUCAAAGACGUAUAAAACUCUUCAUCCAGUUAACAAUGAGUUCCUUCCAUGGACUUCUUGUGGCCUUCCUCUACUGCUUUGCUAAUGAAGAGGUGAAAGCUGAGCUGCGGAAGUAUUGGAUUCGUUUCCUGCUUGCCCAUCACAUCAGUUGUGUAGGUUGUGUUCUUGAGAAAAACGUCAAGUACUUUCAGAAACAUUCUAAGAAUCAGAAAAUCCAGAAAAUCCGGGGACCAGGAGAGUACAGGCCUGACAGCAGUGGGCAACUUCCACACUUGGCUGGAGGGGACCAAAGGACUUUUAGCUCCCAGCCACAUAGAGAUAAAGUGGCCCUUCUUAGGGGAAGCCUGUCUGAGAGCAGUGAGGGUGACUUCACUAUUAUUGAUACCACAGAGGAAAUUCUGGAGGAGAGUGAAAUUUAGAGGCCUUUGUAAGAUAAGCUUAAAGUAUUUUGCGCUUCUCUUCUCCCUUUCUUGCUUUCCUAAGGCUUGGGACUGAAAUUCUGAGAUAAGGAAAAGGAAGAUGGAAAAGAAGAAAUUGGGGCUACCAAGUAUAGUACAGUAUUAUUGUUUCUCAUAAUCAUUUAUUUUCAAAAGUCUCCAAAUACUUUACAGACACAGUUCUGCUCAUCUCCAGAUAGUCCUGGCAUUCUCAAUCAGAACUAAUAUAGGACUACAUUCUGAGUAUAUACUCUUCAGACACGAACAAUGGCACAUGAGCCAUGGCCUGGAAGUUAAGAUUGACGUGAUAUAUGAAGAGAAAGCUUUGAAUACAGAAAAAUUGUUAUGAAGACAUUUCUUGUUAACUGCAUUCCCUUGUUUUCCCCUCAAGAAACAGCCUGUUCACUUGAAGAAGGAGAGGGAGAGGCAGAAGAAAAAAGAGAGGGGGGGAAAGAUGGUGUAGAUGGGAAGGAGAUUAUAAGGAGA